CCCCUUUUAUGCAUUUCUUAUGUAAAGUUUUGAAGAUUUGUGAUUUUUGAUAAUUUGGUGCUUAUGUAUCAAGAUUGCAGAUUUAUGUGCCUCUCUAAAAUUUAAAUAGUGGAUUUAGUGCUGAAUUUUAACACUAUACGGUAACCCAAGCCACCACAUUAAGAAUGUUUUUUUAUAUGUGCAUGUCGCUUGAGAAACGAUGAUGCACAAUUUGUGAAUGUGGAUUCCAUGUGGUGAAGGGGGGCUACUAUUUUAAUCGUGGUAUUUUGGAAAAAAUAUAAUAAGAAUCAGUGUAAGAAGGUGCUUUGGUAUAUGAAUAACUAAUUGAUAUACCCCCUAAAAAAUGAUUUCAUAUUGUAUGGUUUGGAUAGUUAGAAAUGGAAAGAAUGAAUCCAAAUUGUGUCUAAGGAUAAUAGGUAUCACCCUUCACCAUGUGAAAUAUAAAUUAGUAAUGGUUCAUUUGUUCAAUGGAGUUGCUGAAUGAACUUGCUAUCAAACCAGAGUGGGGCUGAUGUCAAAAACCUUGUGAGCUUUUAAUUGUUUAUUGUUAAAUAUAUCCUUACUGUAUUUGCCAAUGAUGCUAUGAACAUUCAGUUGUUUCCUAUGGAAACUAUACCAAAUUAGGUGAAUGGCUUGUACGUGCCUAGUAAUUCAAGAGAGUUGAAUAUGCAAGAUCAUAUGUUAAUAGUAACAUUAUGAAUCGACACAUGGAAUACAUUUCUCAAUUGUGUUGUUUUUGAUGUUGAAACAGUUUUUCUUUAUCCAUGGGCAAUGAGUUUCGAUGUAUUAGGUAUAUCUGUAUUUGUAGAAACUUUAAUUUUCGUGCUUAUCUUAAUUGUUGGUUUAGUUUAUGCAUGGCGAAAAGGGGCAUUGGAAUGGUCUUAGCUUCUAAACAUUCAGACAAUAAAAAGGAAAAAAAAAAAAAAGAAUAUUGAGACAGUUAUGAAUUCCAUCGAGUUUCCCUUACUUGAUCGAACAACCCAAAAUUCAGUUAUUUCAACUACAUCAAACGAUCUUUCAAAUUGGUCAAGACUUUCUAGUUUAUGGCCGCUUCUCUAUGGUACCAAUUGUUGCUUUAUUGAAUUUGCUUCACUAAUAGGCUCAUGAUUCGACUUUGAUCGUUAUGGACUAGUCCCAAGAUCAAGUCCUAGACAAGCAGACCUUAUUUUAACAGCCGGAACAGUAACAAUGAAAAUGGCUCCCUCUUUAGUGAGAUUAUAUGAGCAAAUGCCUGAACCAAAAUGGAGCCAUUCCUGCCAUCAAACUGUCAACUUACAGAAGGCGCUUGAAUUCAGAAAGUAAGGUUUCUCAAGAUGAAACAAAUUCAGAUAAAGCUUCUUCACUUCAGAGGAAUAUGGGAUCAGAAUUCUCUGGCAUGAUAAAAGAGGCUAACAUUCUUGGCAUGGCUCUUGGGAUUCCUUGUAUAAUUAGCCUUGAAGAAGCGGAAGCUCAGUGUGCACUACUUAACUCAGAGUCAUUAUGUGAUGGAUGUUUCACUUCAGAUUCAGAUAUAUUUUUGUUCGGUGCAAGAACAGUGUAUAGAGAUAUAUGUCUUGGUGAAGGUGGUUAUGUUGUCUGUUAUGAGAUGAAUGACAUCGAGACAAAGCUCGGUUUUGGGAGGAACUCCUUGAUAACUCUGGCACUUCUUCUUGGAAGUGAUUAUACACCCGGAGUCCGUAAGCUUGGUCAGGAAGCAGCAUGCCAGAUUGUGAAGUCAAUAGGUGAAUGUAAUGUUCUUCAACGAGUUGCAUCAGAUGGAUUAUCCUUUGCAAAUAAGCCAAAGGUUUCAAAGAAACAGAAUAAAGCUCCCAGACGUACUAACAAAGAAAACUACUCCCAUCCAAUCAAUGAAAAUGUAGGACCUGUACAUGAUUUGCCAAAUGAGAACCAAUAUUUAGCUGUGAUCGAGGCAUAUCUGAGGCCAAAAUGCCACACAGCUGACUCUUCUGUGGUGCAAAGGGCUCUUGGUGGCCUUCCAUUUGACCGCCUCAAACUUCAGAAUAUAUGUGCUCGAUAUUUCGAGUGGCCUCCAGAGAAAACUGAUGAGUACAUCCUUCCAAAGAUUGCUGAGAGGAAGUUGAGGCAGUUCGCCAAUUUGCGUUCUACUUCAUCAGCACUUGGACUUGGGCCUCCAUUGGACAAGAUGCCAGUCAGGUGUCCUCUAUUAGAAAUAAUCAAGCACAGGAAGGUCCUGGGAAGAGAGAGUUUUGAAGUCUCUUGGGAAGAUAUUGAUGGACUUAAAACAUCAGUAGUACCUGCUGAUCUCAUAGAGUGUGCUUGUCCAGAAAAAAGAGUGGAGUUUGAGGAAAAAAGAGCGCAAGCAAAGAAACAAAACAUACGUAAACCAAGAAUAAAGAAAUCUGAGAAGGAAGCUCCCAUCAGUGAAAUUGAUAAAAAGCUGCAAGACCUGUUACUCGACAUUGAAAAUGAACACAUUGCUACGCAAAAGGCUGUUUUGUAUAGACAAUCAGUAACAGAGAAAGCAAGUUACUUAAACGAAGUAUGCCAAACAGAUCAAAGCAUGCCACUUAGUACAGGAUCCAAAAGCAAUCUAGAAAAAGUGGACCAGAUUUACAAUUCAAGUGCUUUGGCUGUGCAGCAAGCAGAGGUAAUUGAUCUGCUGAGCCCUUCACCACCAAUGCGUGCCCGUAAAGUUGCAAAAUGUCAAGAAGCCAAUGUUCCGUAUAUCCCCAAUGUCGCCGCGAAAUGUCAAGAAGCUAAGGUUCCAUCCAUCGAAUUCAUUGAUUUGAGUGAUACGGAAAACGAGUUAUCACCAGAACACACAAGGAAGGCAAGGGAGUUGAGAAUAUUUUUGAAUAGCAUCAGGGGAACCCCCUAAUCUAUUAAUUCAAGUGUCAAGGAUGUUUUGUAUUUGACGCUUAAUGUAAGACAAUGUGAUGCUUAUGUAUAUUGAUUUUAUUUUGAGAGAGAAAUAAAAUAUAAAUUACUCUGUAAA